AUGGCCAUCACAACAAAGACUGUGUCCGUCAUCGGCUCACUCAACAUCGAUGUCGUAACACGCACUUCACGAGUACCCGCCGCUGGAGAGACCCUGGCAGCCAUAUCAUUCGACACUGGAUUCGGCGGCAAGGGUGCAAAUCAAGCAGUAGCUGCGGCACGACUUGCCGGCGAAGAUGUGAACGUCCGGAUGGUGGGCCAAGUUGGCGACGACAAUUUUGGCAAGGACUGGUUUGAAGUUUUGGAGAAGGAAGGUAUCGACUCGACUGGUGUGAGGAAACUCAAAGAUGGCAAGACUGGUGUGGCGAAUAUCAUCGUCGAGGAAGAAACUGGCGAAAACCGCAUCCUCUUCACAGCCAACGCCAACUACGCCUUCCCUGAGACCCAAGACCCCAGCUGGGACCUAGUAUCCGAAGGCCAAAUCGUCGUCUUCCAGCUCGAACUGCCCCUGAACGUAGUCCUCCACAACUUGGCCCUCGCCCACUCAGCCGGGAAACGCGUAAUCCUGAACCCAGCACCCGCCAGCCCCCUCCCACAGUCCGCCUACGCCAACAUCGACACCCUAAUCCUCAACGAAACCGAAUCCAGCAUCCUCGCCGGUCCCUCCCACCAGCCCCCAGACCAAAGCCCCUCUUCCCUCCUGGAAUUAUCAAAACACUUCCUCUCCCUCGGUGUUCGGGACACCGUGAUCAUUACCCUUGGAGCGAAAGGUCUCGUCUACGCCACCGCUUCCGGGAAAGAUGGUCAUAUGGCUGCCUACAAGGCUAAGGUCGUUGAUACGACUGCGGCGGGUGAUACGUUUGUGGGUGCGUAUGCGGUGCAGCGGGCGAAGGGUUUGUCGCAGGAUUUUGAUUAUGGGGCGGCGUUGCAGUUUGCUACGCUGGCGGCGAGUAAGACGGUGGAGAGGAAAGGGGCUAUGGCGGCGAUUCCGUAUUUGAAGGAGUUGCAGGUUGAAGUUAUGAGGGAGAAUGGGACGUUGGGGAUGGAGGAUGUUGUGAGAUGA